AUGCGGCCCCUCACAGAAGAAGAAUCCAAGGCGGUUUUCACCAAACUUGCUAACUACAUAGGCAAAAAUCUUGUUCAUCUCAUUGACCGCCCCGACGAACCGUACUGCUUCAGAUUACACAGAGACCGUGUUUACUACGUCUCUGAGUCAUCAAUGCGUCUUGGAAUCUCUGUUGCGAGACCUAACCUUGUUAGCCUUGGAACCUGCUUCGGCAAGUUCAGCAAAAGUGGCAAGUUUAAGUUGCACAUUACUUCUCUAGAUUAUGUUGCCCAGUAUGCCAAAUACAAGAUCUGGAUCAAGCCUAACGGAGAGAUGCCUUUCCUUUACGGAAACCAUGUAGUGAAGGCGCAUCUGGGAAAAAUUACGGAGGACACACCAGAGCACCAAGGUGUCGUUGUCUACAGUAUGAAAGAUAUACCAUUAGGAUUUGGAGUAACAGCCCGAUCGACAGUGGACACACGCAAACUGGAUCCCACUGCGAUUAUUGUAUUCCAUCAAGCCAACGACAUGCUUUUUCCUUCAACGACUUCAUGGACUGCCCUCAACAAUGACCAACUUACUGCCGAGAAUGUCGACAAUAUUCUCGGCCGUAUUCAUGAUGAUCUAUGGGUUGUUUCAGCAUGCGUAGACCGUUUAUUGAAUGACACGCCUACUCAACGCGCUCUACUAACCCUCGGCAUAUCGCGCACAGAACGGGUUGUCGCAAGAUGUAACGACAUAAUUGCACAGGCGUCACCGCCGCAACCAUUGUCCCCUAACGGAAGUCUCGAAGCAAUGCACCUUCACUUCAAAUCCUCGCCUACCGAUGCACUUCUUUGCCAUUUCCGACAAAUCCUCCUUCAACGACUCGACAGACUUAACACCUAUGUCGAAAUGGAGGCGCAGUUUCCCAGAGGUGUGCAAACACAAGUUGAAGAAACGGACGCUGAAUGGGAAGACGACCCUUGGGCAGAUGAAAAUCCUGGUCCCACUAGCAAACCCACACCACUACCAAAUUCUGUUGGACCACCUCCCUUGUGCUUGGCUGACUUCCUUCAAAAUGACCUUCUAUGGUCUGCUUGCCAGUUAGCCUCCCUGGAAGCAAUUGAUGCUCUCAGAGUUCUUUGUGAGAAGCAUGGAACGGCUCUUUGGCCUUGUCGUUUCAAGAUACUCGAUUGCAUUCCAGAACACAUCCAUCCGUCAACAUGUCGCAGUAUACUGCCGUCGCUAGAUGCAUCCAUGUACAGAGAAGCAGUAUGGCAGGAAUAUAGCUGGAGAAAGACUCGAGAUAUAUCGGAACUACCUGAUGUCCAGGAAGCCAUUCAGAUUCAGAUUUCUUCGUUACCUACAAACCAGAUUAACGAAGAAGUCUCGUUUAGCGGAAUCGCGGGACCCCUUACUGCAGAAGAACUUUCUAAUUGGUAUAAGAAUCGUGUUAACAUUGUGAUAAAGUCAACCGGCGCCAUUGAUUUAGCUUUAGCCAUGGUUCAACACGGCGCAUCACAAGGCAUUCCCCAACUUGACGAACUUGGAGAAGAACUCAGUCUUCUUUCGCGACUCGUCUAUGACGCACCCCAAGGACCCAAUAUUGAUAGUGACUGGACCCUUGAUCAAUGGUACUCCAUGGAUGCACUCGCUGUCGUUCGUGCUUAUCUGGCCAACUCGACUUCAGAAACCAUCGCUUACGACAUUUCUAGGCUGGUUAUGCCAUAUCUUUUCGUCCUGGAAGCUAGGGCAGAACGUGCUGGCAUACCAGAUCCUUCCCUUCCGACUCGCAUUCUUCAUCAAUAUGUCUUAUCAACAUCCCUUGAACUUGCUGCGGCUAUAUUCAACGCAUCGAAGCCUACACUUCCCACUUCUCAAAGAAUUAUCAAAGAUGACGAAGACAUGGCUCGUCUUGCGCUUGCGCUUCUGUACGCGAGCGACAGUCUCACUGAAUGGUCCAUAAUGAGCAGUAUAUUUGAAUGCUUGCCUGUGUGGGACGUUUCCAGAGAUGUAAACAGCGACGAGGAGGCUGCAGACACAACAGUGGCAUCUUUAGGGGCAUUUGUUACUCCAAGCACCAAUCAACCACCGUGCUCAGCAAGCGAUUUACUUCUAUUCUUCCAACCCUUGCCGUUCACCUCGUUGUCCAGGGCUCUGGAUAUCCUUGAUGUUCACCUCGAGUCGGGAGAAAUUUUAUCUCGGUGGAGUGUUCCUGCUCCUCUCCGAUGGUUUCUUCAGAGCAGCGGAGAUAUCAAAGAGCAGAGGGCAUGGGCUAACAGAAUGGCAAGGCGCGCAGGAGGUAAAUACGACAAACUCAGCGGAAUUGAAGAUUGGGAAUGGCUAUUAGGAGAUAUGGAAAAACUUACAGGUGGAGGCGAUCCAAACUCGAGAGGCGCAUUCUACUUCGAGAUUGCCAAACGGAUGUUAUACGGCCCGCAUCAUAAACUAACGCUCAACGCCGAGACGAUUGAAUCCGUUUGUCUUUCGUGCUCUCGCGAGUUUUAUGAUAAUGCAAAUUCUGGCAACUAUAAGGUAGGAGAUAUGAAACUUGCGUAUGAUUGCCUGGAAGUACCUCAUUCAUCGGAUACUAUCGUCAAAGAAAAAGAUUUUAUUGAGGCUACUUCCCGCAUUUGUUCCUUCAACGUCCCUUCCAAACAUGGUCUUACGAUAACACCCCUGGAAAUUCGCCUCACAAAGGAUAGACUUAACCUUGUUUCUCGUGUUAUUUCCAGCAAUGCCGAUGCAUACAAGCAUGCGCAAGUUAUUCUGGAGCUAUCUAAUAAACUGGGUUACGCAGGUGACUCAGUUGCAGAAGUCAAAGUAUUAGCUAUGCUAGCGGAUACUGCUCUUCAAGCAGAAGACUUUACUCGUGCUUAUGAGAACAAUGAACGUAUGGUGCGCACGGUCACGGAGCUUCGACACAUGACUACAAUGGGUUCAGACGACGACCGAGUGAAAGAAGCAUCGGAAGUUUGUUGGAUCGCCUGUUACCAACUUGGUCGUCAGCAAGAAUACGAUGACCUUCCCAAGAAAAUGACAUUGCUGGGGUAUGCUUUGGAACUAUGCCCUCCCGAUCAAAUAAACGAAGUUUUGUCCGCCUGGCGCAAAUUGGAAAGAGAAAAUAGUCAGGCCCAUGAAGCAAAACUUCAACGAAGGCGCACUGGGGACACGGUUCUAAAUUCCCGUAAAACGGACAAUGUACCUGGCAAUGUAGCAUCUUCUUUACGCGCUAGACUCCAAGAUUUCCACGUGCCCUCGCCUCCAUUGUUGAGUACUCCUGAUGCAGCUGCCCUGGCUAGCAGGACUUUUAAAUCUGUGGCCGCCAAUUUUCCUUUUGGGGUUGGACAUCGCGCUCGAUCUCAAGUAUCAGAUACUGAUGGAAGAGGGUCACCGCGAAGUGAAAGCUCUCGAAGGACCGAUGGAGAGGAUGUCUCAAGUCAGGCUUCAAGGGUAUUGUCAAAGGGCAUUGGAUGGCUAAUUGGUGCCGAUGAGGGUAUCUAG